AGCCGAUGAUUACCGUAUUGGCAAUAUCAGUGCGGCAUUUAUCGUGCCGUCGGUGAGAGCCAACUACUCACACCGGCCUUGCGGUACGAAAAACGCGUUCAUAUAUAUCAAUUAAAAGUUUCAAUAUAUAAAAAUAAUUUAUAUAGACUCGGUUUCUUUGUUUAUCGUCGCGUGUCGCGUUCAAAAACGUUUAGCUUGUAAAGCAAAUUCUCAAAAGGAGCACGCGCGUGAACGAACCAGAAAGAAAAACUUCGGAGCGAGCGAACGAUGUUUUCGUGAACAAUUUUCACCUCGUCGUUGUUGAUUUCUUGUUAAAACUUUUCAUCGUUAAUUUGGAUUCUCUUCGUCCUUUGCUCGGCGCGGCCGUCGAUUCGCUCACUUCUGCCCAGUGGUGUUGUGCCCGAAACCAAAAAUUUUGCAGCUGAAACAGUGCGACGGUGUAACGCUUAACAGAGAAAAGAGAGAGAGAGAGAGAGAAAGAAAGAAAGAGAGUCGCACACGACGACACACACUUGGCGUAGCCGUGCAAUCGUACACGAAUCAUCUGCCAGGAAGUAGUAACGCACGAGAUUAGAAGGCGAAGAGGCGCACGGAGCAGAAGAAGAAGAAGCAGCGAAGAUGCGUCCGAUCGAAGCGUACUCGAAGGAGCGAUGCAUGUCGGAGACGUCCGAGGGCACGACGACCACGGCCACGUCGUGCAAGUCGAGCCUCGACAACGUCGACGAGCUGCGCAACCUCGCCGCCGUCCUGGGCAUCCUCGAUCCGGAGAACCUGCACCAGGAGCGCUUCCGGGUGGAUCGCCGCAAACUCGAGCAGAUGCUGCUGGGCCAGCUGUACAAUCCGUCGGACGACAGCAGCCCGGUGACCGACUCGGCUGAAAGUUUCUUUUCGAAGGUGAUGGACGAAACAAGUACGUACAUUACGUGGCCGUCGCGACUCAAGAUUGGAGCAAAGUCCAAGAAAGAUCCGCACAUAAAGAUCGCCGGCAUGGAGGAAAACAUUCGCCUCGCUAAAGAGAAGAUCAUCCGCGUGCUCGACACCAGGCAAAACAACCGCGUGACGAUGAAGCUGGACGUGAGCUACACCGAUCACUCGCACAUAAUCGGCAAGGGCGGCCUCACCAUCAAGAAGGUGAUGGAGGACACGAGCUGCCACAUCCACUUCCCGGACAGCAAUCGCAGCAAUCACCAGGAGAAGAGCAAUCAGGUGUCGAUCGCCGGCGACAUCGAGGGCGUGGAGAAGGCCCGGGCGCGCGUGCGCAGCCUCACGCCCCUCAUCUUCUCGUUCGAGCUGCCGGUGAUGGGCAGCAGCUCGCAGAUCGCCGCCUCGAGCAACAACGCCCUCUCCAACUCGCCCUACAUCACCAAGCUCCAGCAGAAGUACAACGUGCAGGUGAUGUUUCGCACGCGGCCCAAGCUGCACGCGACCCUCGUCGUUGUAAAGGGCUGCGAGUGGGAGGUGCACCAGGUCAAGGAGGCCACCGUCUAUCUCAUCCACCACAUGUGCGAGGGCCUCGCGAGCUCGAUCCAGGUGCAGAUGUCCAUGGAGAUAUCGCCCCAGCAUCACAGCACCGUUCUGGGCAAGCAGAGCCAGAAUCUCAAGUCGAUCAUGCAGAGCACCGGCACGCAGAUCAUGUUCCCGGACGCGGGCGAUCCCAACAUACCCUCGCUCAAGAAGAGCAACGUCACCAUCACCGGCAACAUACACAACGUGUACCAGGCGCGCCAGCAGCUCAUGGGCUCGCUGCCCCUCGUGCUCAUGUUCGACCUGCCGGAGAAGUCGCUGCAGGCCACCUCCCAGGAGGACCUGCAGAAGCUCAUGCAGUCCCUCGACGUAUUCGUCAACAUGCGCCACAAGCCCAAGCAGUCGACCCUCUCGAUCGUCGUCAAGGGCAUCGAGCGCAACGCCAGCAACAUCUACGAGGCGCGCCGCCAGCUGCUCGGCCUCAACGAGCCCAAGGUCAUCGCCGACAUACCCGCCACCUACAUAGCGCCCAACGCGAUGAGCUACCUGGGCCAGGCCGCCGGCAUCGGCCUGGCUGCUCCCGGCCUCAACGGCAACAACGGCAACAACGGCUCCAGCCAGCAGGGCCCGACGCCCGGCCCGCAGCUCGGCGGCUUCGUCAUCAACGAGACGCUCCCGAGCGGCGCCCUGGGCUCGCCCUCGUCGCAGUACCUGUCGCCGGCCGCGGCCGCCGCCGCCGCCGCAGCUCUGCAGCACGCAGCCGCCGCCAGCGCCUCGCCCGCUCACCAGGCCAGCAGUCUCAAUUUCCCCCACUGGACCCUCGCCAUGCCCCAGGCGUCCUUCUUCUCCCCCACGCCGCAGUUGACGCCGAAUUUCGGCUACCAGCCGCACCUCAGCCAUCUGCUGUCGAUGCAACAGCAACAGCAGCAGCAACAACAACAGCAGCAACAGCAGCAGCAACAGCAGCAACAACAACAGCAGCAACAGCAGCAACAACACUUGAGAGAAGCGAGCAAGGGAUUGAUGGGUCUCGGUAAUCAGCAGAUGCACGCCGCUCUCAACGGCAAUCUGCUCAAUGCCACGCGAAACAGCUUGUUCACGACCGACAGUAAGGACACCAACUCCUUCUCGUCGUUGAGCAGCAGCGUGUCAAGCUCAUUGUCGAGCCCCUCGAUCAGCCCGCGCAACGUCUCGCCGAUCGAUCCCACCUCGGACAUGGGCAACAACUUGGAUUUCUCGAACGUAUUGUCUGAAUUAACUCAGCAACACAAUAAGCAGCAGCAACAGCAACUGGCCAGCAGUAAUCUCCAAACUACAGAUGUUAAAAAAACCGAUUUGACUGACUUUGCCUCAUUGACAUUUGAUUUUGAGCAGAAGAAGCUCAUGGCCAUCAAAGCGAUGCAAAGCAAACCCGAUGUGAACAAUUUCCGCAUACCGACGUCGGUUUGGUCGGGUUACGGCUUCAGCCAGACGUUGCCGCAAAUACCUUCGACGACCAACGAUGUCGACGGCAUCAAGCAAACCUCGUCGCUGUGGAAGGACGCGACGACGUCGUCAAAUUCGUCGUCGACUCAAGAUUACGGCGUCACCUCGACAAAGGACGAGACCGUCUCGAACAAAAUAAGUGGCGUAGCGUCGAACUACAUCGAUAACACGUCGAGCUAUCAGCUGAAAAAGAUCACGGGCCAGCAGCAUACCGAUUUAGCCAGUAUGCUCACCAGCGUUGGUCUUGAAAAAUAUAUACGUCUGUUUCAAGCUCACGAAGUCGAUAUGGCGACUUUCCCCUCGCUUACAGAAGGAGAUCUAUGCGAGAUAGGUAUAUCUGCUUGGGGUGCAAGACGAAAAAUUAUGUUAUUAAUUUCAGAACUGAAUAAGAGGACUAGUAGUCCUUUCUCCGGUAGCGCGGCGCCAGGAGCCGAGCGAAAGAUGUCGGGAUUGUCAUCGUCAUCAGGCUCUUCGGUCACUCCGCCUACGCCGAUUCGCAAAAGUAGUCUGGAAGGUUCUACUUGGUAAAAACUCGACUUUUGAUUUUGAGAAACUGGAGAAAACAGAUAGAAAACCCCUCCAAAAAAACACGUAUAACACUUUCCGAUGACUAUAUCCUCAACUGCUUUCUUAAUGGAACAAACGAAACGAAAAAAGAACGAUUGAUUGCAGCGCAGAGAUUAUAAAAUAAUCGAUGCGAUAUUCAUCUCCCUUUACUAUGUUUUAACGAUGCACAUAGUGCUCGUUGAUAAAAUACUAUGCCCCCUCUCGAAUAAGACGCUAGUCUAAACAAAAAACAAAUUAUAUGUAAUAAGGUGUGUGAGCGAUUUACGAUUUUUUUUUGUGUAACAAUUUUUUUCUCUUUUUCGCUCGCAUUAAUUCUAAGUAACCACUAUAUAAUACAAGAAGACUGCAUUAAGGCGGUGAGUAUAUAUAGUUAGCCAAGUAAGUUGAAAAAAAAAUUAAAUAUUUAUAUGAUGUAAAGUCGAGAGAUCAAUUCGUCGAUUUUGCUUACGAAUCAUUUAUACGUAGAAUUAGGCGAAUAAUUUUGUGUUUGGUGUGAUACAAGCUGCUUCCGAAAUAGCACCGUAUCCACAGAUUUACUGUAAAACGAAAAUAAUUUGAUGAAAUUGAACUAGAGCUCAACCAAAAAGAAAUUAGGGAGAUUAUUUUCGAUAUUGAAUGCAAUGAUUCUCGAUUCGUCGAGAAACUAUUUAAUGCAAAAUUUAUAGGAAAAAAUACUAGAAAAUAAACUAAGUGAAGAUAAAGAUGCGGGUGAAUGAAUGAAUCAGUGUGAAAAAUCUCUUGCUCUGCGGCGAGAGACAAGCUUUGACUCAAAAUCAUCGUCAUUUAAAAAUUAGUACUAAAAGUCAAUAAUGGAGAGAGAUCGAGAGACCAAGAAA